AUGUCAUGGAACGGGUUUAAAAAAGCAGUAUCAAGAGCUUCUGGUUCAGUUACUACUAAACAAGUAGAUAAAACUAAUGAUAAAGAUUUUGAUAUUGAAGAAAGAAGAUAUAAUACUUUAAAAACAGCUGGUAAUAAUUUACAAAAAUCAGCCAAAGGUUAUUUGGAUAAUAUUCGAGCUGUUACCGCUUCUCAAGUUACUAUAAGUGAUAUUGUUUCAAAUUUAUAUGAAGAAAGUAAACAAGGUUCAUCAGCUUAUUCAAAUAUUGGUAGUUAUUAUUCUCAAGCUGUUAAAGAUUUUGAUGAAGAAACUGUUAAGCAAUUAGAUGGACCAUUUAGGGAAACUAUAUUGGAUCCAAUUACUAAAUUUUCAAAUUAUUUUAAAGAAAUUGAUGAAGCUAUAAAGAAAAGAAGUCAUAAAAAAGUUGAUUAUGAACAAUGUAAAUCAAAAGUUCGUAGAUUAAUUGAUAAACCAGCAAAAGAUGCCGGUAAAUUACCAAAGGCUGAAAAAGAAUUAUCAUUAGCUAAAGAAAUUUAUGAAGAUUUAAAUGAACAAUUAAAACAAGAAUUACCGCACUUAAUCUCAUUAAGAGUACCAUAUUAUGAUCCAUCAUUUGAAAGUUUAGUUAAAAUUCAAUUAAGAUUUUGUACUGAAGGUUAUUCAAGAUUGGCUCAAAUACAACAAUAUUUAGAUCCGCAAUCAAGAGAUGAAUAUGCCAAUGGAUUAUUAGAUGGUAAAAUUGAUGAUUUAUUAAUACAAAUGCAAUCUUUGGAAAUAAGUAGUCUUGGUAAAGCGUAA